AUGGAUACGAUGCGCGGUUUGGUCGAUUCUCUGCGAUCCUCGGCAGAGCGUUCCACUCAUGGUAUUAGUGGGCAUCAGGAUGAGGAUGACAGUGGAGUGCACGAAGUGGCCGUGACGGUCUGUCACGUCAACUUGGUGGAAACCAAGCAGAAACUCAAGUAUUUCUACGAUGAAAUGUCCAAAAAGCCCAUCCCUGGUUUCCCCAAUACCUACAGCAUUCAACAUUGUGCCACACAGGAACGACGGGCCAUUAAAGUCCUCUCCAAAAAGCGUGUCCCCGCCGACUUUUUCUGGGCCGAAGUCAAAGCGUACCAUGAACUCUACCAUCCCAACGUCUUGCAUCUCUACGAGACUUUGGAAGAUAAGGAUCAUUGGUACUUGGUCAAAGACCGGGUCGAUCUACCAAACCUCUAUCAAGCCAUUCCAAAGCUAUUCUCCAAUCCACACGAGUUUGACGAAACCCAAGUGGCGGUGGUCAUGAGGACUCUCCUCAAAACACUGGCGUAUUGUCACGACAAGGACGUGGUUCAUUCCAAUUUGACUUACGAGAAUGUCUUGUUGGAUCCAGCCAAGAAACGACUCCGCACACUUCAAAUUGUCGGAUUUGGAUAUGCCCGUUUGGAUCGAGAAUAUCGCAAUUAUCAUCAUCGCAGUACUAGGAGUAGCAUUGGCUUGGGGGGUGACGAUGACGACAGUGACGACAAUGACACUUCCUCGUCGUUUCGAAGCAGCACGAGUUCUGCUUCCUCUUCUUCUUCGAGUUCAAGCAGUCGACACGGUGUGGAUAAAGACGACUGGUUUGCCGCUCCCGAAACACGCAUGGGGGAUUUAUCCUACUUUGGAAAAGCCGGGGAUCUUUGGUCGGUCGGAAUCCUUUGCUAUCAACUCUUGACACGACGACAUCCCUUUGAAGAUCCCAAUGUCUGGCCCAUCAAUUUUCGCAAUGACGAGUGGAAACAAGACCAUUUUGACACGGCACCCUUUUUGAAACCACUCUCGUCGGAUGCCCGCGAUUUUAUGAAACAACUAUUGGAAUAUGACUACGAACAACGUCCCACGGCGCAGCAAGCUUUGGCGCAUGCCUAUCUGACCAAAGCCGAUCGCGUAGGCAAACAAUUCAAUACCCAACAACUCAUGGGAGCCCUCGACAAUUUGGAAACCUUUCAUGCCAACAAUAAACUCGCCAAAGCGGCACGCAUGUACAUUGUCUCCAACCUAUUGGGCAGUCAGGAUCGAUCCAAUUUGGAUGCCAUUUUUCGUUACAUUGAUCGCAACAAGAACAAUGUCAUUACCCGGGAGGAACUCCUCAAGGCAUUCUCCGAUACACACAAUUCGGCCGGCAAGUGCAUCAAGACGGAAGCCAUGUUGCAGAAAACAUUUGAUCGAUUGGAUGUCAAAAAGACGGGUGUGAUUGAGUAUUCCGAGUUUCUGGCAGCCGCAGCGGACGAUUCGGUCGUCUUGACACGGGAGAACUUGUGGGCUACUUUUGAUGCCUUUGACAAGAGUCAAACGGGGCGCAUUACGGUGGACGACCUCAAAAAGGUCUUCAACCACGGACGCAAGCAAAAGGUCUUUCACAAACGGGAUGCCAAACGGCUCAUGGCACAAUUUGACAAGAAUGGUGACGGUGAAUUGAAUUUUGACGAGUUUUGUGAGAUUAUGGGAUGUGAUUGA